ACGUGGACACACACACACAUACAGAGCAUUCCCAACGGCAGCGUCUCGUGUUCGUAUUUAUUUUGUCCUGAUGGUGGAGCCAAUGAGAGCGGAAGUGAUCCACGAACACUGAUCCCUGCGGGCUGACAAAGACACAAUCGCACACUGUCUCUCACUCCUCCCGCAGAGAAGUAUCGUCUGUCUCCGUCCUCCUGUCCUCUUCUAGUCUGUCACCAUGGCGUGUGUUGAGACGUCCUCCAGCAGACCCUACCACCUGGUUAUCUUCGGAGCUUCCGGCUUCACGGGCCAGUUCGUGGUGGAGGAAGUGGCCCGCACCGUGUCCGAGGGUCCUAAGGGGAACCUCAAGUGGGCCGUAGCGGGCAGGAGCAAGCAGAAGCUGGAGAAAGUUGUGGAGCAGGCCGCCGGAGUCCUCGGUAAACCUGAGCUGAGGAAGGAGGUAGACAUCAUUGUGGCAGAUGUAGCCGAUCCAGAUUCCUUGGCCGCCAUGUGCAAACAGGCGGUGAUUGUUCUCAACUGUGUGGGGCCUUAUAGAUUCUAUGGUGAGCCGGUCGUCAAAGCCUGUGUGGAGAAUGGAGCUCACCAGCUUGACAUCUCUGGGGAACCACAGUUUCUGGAGGGCAUGCAGCUGAACUACGACAGCCAGGCAGCUGACAAAGGUGUGUACAUCAUUGGCAGCUGCGGAUUUGACUCCAUACCAGCAGACAUGGGAGUCGUCUACACCAGAGACCAGUUCAAGGGUACACUGACUGCAGUGGAGAGCUAUCUGACGUUUGGUUCAGGACCUGAUGGUACAUGUAUCCACGAUGGCACAUGGCAGUCUGCUGUCUACGGUUUUGCUGACAGCCAGAAGCUCCAGAGUCUUCGGAGGAAGUUUAACCACAAACCUCUGCCAUAUGUUGGCUCUAGGAUUAAACGCAGAGGAACACUGUUCUUCAGUAAUGACAUCCAGCAGUAUACGGUGCCCUUCAUGGGCUCCGAUCCGUCCGUUGUAAAGAGAACUCAGCGCUUCCUGGAAGAAGAACACAAGGAAACACCGGUUCAGUAUGGAGCGUAUGCAGGAAUUGGAGGAGUCGGCAAUCUCAUCAAGCUGAUGUUCACUGGCAUGAUUUUCUGGUUCUUAGUCAAGUUCAGUUUUGGCCGCAACCUUCUUAUCAAGCACCCUGAGCUCUUCUCCUUUGGGCUCUUCUCUAAAGCCGGACCAACUAGAAAGCAGAUGGAAGGCUCAUCCUUCCAGUUUGCCUUCUAUGGAGAGGGAUACCCCGAGGGUGAGGACCCUUCACAGGGAAAACCUGCCGGAAAGAUCCGCACACUGGUUCAGGGACCAGAGUGUGGAUAUGUGGCCACACCCAUUGCCAUGGUACAAGCUGCCCUCACCAUACUCAGUGAAUCUUCAGCUUUGCCCAAGAGGGGAGGAGUGUACACUCCUGGAGCAGUCUUUGCAAAAACCACUCUUGUCGACCGCCUCAACAAACAUGGCAUCCAGUUCUCCGUCCUCUAAGAUGUGUCCUCUCCCGUGAUGCUGUACUCCAGGUUUUCUGAGCACUAACAGUAAUAUAAUCACAACCGUCAUGAAUAGUAACUGAGUACACAUUCAGACUUAGUUCUUUUGAAGUUGUUAUGCUUUUUAAUUGGUACUGUUUGCUUGAAUGUAUUAAUAACCCUCCUGCUUGUGAGAUAAACAGCACAAUGGUGGCAGCAUUUGAAAGUCCAGGACAGCUAAUGGUUGUAACAUGUCUCCAAUUAAAUGAUUAUGUUAUGAUUGCUUACGACAAGAAAACAUUUUGGGCAGCAUUUCUUAUUUUAAGACGGGGAGGGGAACCAAAACUAUCCAAACAUCCACACAAAAAAAACAGCUAAAAUAAGUUUACAGUUCUAAGUUGAAGAUUGCGGUAUUGUAAAUCAGGAACAAGACCCAUGCAUAAAGGACUCUUUCUAAAUUAAAUUUUAAUAUAAUGUCUCUUUUUUUCCACACAUAUAUUCGUAAACACAACAUAGGGCUUCUAAGUUAUGACCAAAACCGUAAUCAUAAUUGUUUUUGUUUUAAUAUUGAGAUUGUGAGUUAUCCUUUAGUCAUUCUAACAUUUUAAUUUCAAUGUUUUGUGCUUCAUUCUCGUUAAUGUACACAUUUGGGGGCGUCUUGCAGGAGCCUCAAAGGCUUGGAGGACUAGAUUACAUCAGAACUGUAUAGAAAAUGUGUCCUUGGAGUAAAAAUACCCAGCUGUAAUUGUGUCAGAAAAAUAACUCCUACUGCCUAUAGCUGUGUAGCUUGUAGCCUACAGUAGCUCAUCAGCUGUACAAGGAUAAACGUGGUUGUCGCACAUGUCGUCGUUCUCAUCCAGUGCAGUGAAAAACUCUAGUACUACUGUGUUGUACUGCACGUAUGUGUUUGCAUUUCCUGGCCUGGCACUUAAAAUCUUGAUUAUUUGUUAUUUUGUUUCUAUUAAUAUUUAAUCAUCUUUCAUCUUUACUGAAUGUUUGUUUCUGUGGCUGAACGCCACAGCACUUGCACAGCCUCCCAAUUAUUUGCUUCAGAGCUUUGUUAGAAAAAGCCUCCAGCUGUUUAUGCACACUCACAGCAAGAGUUACUCCAUGAAACUGGACACAAGUGUGCGUGUGACGUGUGCUUUGUUUCUGUGGGAUACUAUGGGCUGGAAUAUUUUCACCUGUGAAGUGAAAUGGAACGCUGUUUAGUUUAGUUUUUGUGUGCUUUGCUUUGUAUGGGCUCCCCAAAUAAAGUCAACGCCGCUAAAGAAACAA